UCACGGAACUACCCGGAAGUGUCUGUCAGUGAGGCAAGGCGGCGAGUGAAUAAACAUGGAAAGAGGUGCGUACGGGGCGGCCAAGGCCGGGGGUAGUUUCAACCUCGAGCAGUUUCUACGACGACCGGAAACCAUUUUCAGGAUCUGUUCUUGUCUCUUUGCUCUGAUUGUUUUUGCCUGUAUUGUGAGUGAAUAUCCAAGUGACAGAGAAGGCAAGUUGUUUUGUAUCUUUGGUCGCAACAAUGAUGCCUGCCAUUAUGGGGUAGGCAUUGGAGUUCUGGCCUUCAUUGGGUCCCUGGUGUUUCUGGGCCUGGAUAUCUACUUCCCAACAUUGAGCAAUGCCAACUACCGCAAAUACUUGGUGCUAGGAGACCUGGGAUUCUCUGGACUGUGGAGCUUCCUAUGGUUUGUGGGAUUUUGUUUUUUAACGAAUCAGUGGUCAAUAACAGAUCCACAUAGCUAUUUAACUGGAGCAGACAAUGCACGAGCUGCCAUCGCAUUCAGCUUCUUUUCUAUUCUUACAUGGAUCCCACUGGCUUUUCUAGCAUACAAGAGGUACACAGCAGGAGUGGAUGAUUUCAGUACAGACUAUGUGGAUCCAUCCCAGGACACCACCACACCUUACUCCAGCUACCCAAACACUGUUAGUGACAGCUACCAGCAGCCCCCUUUUACCCAGAACUCCGACACAGGAGAGUAUCAACCACCAGCAUACUGAGCAGACCUCUACUGCAAAAGCUCAGGAAGAAAAGUGAUCAGCCACGGAUCCAGUGGUUGAAAAAGUUUAUUUUUUAUUUUUGUUUAAAUAACAUAAGAUUCUAAACCUGGAUGCAACCUGCUCUUAGCUGUCAUUUUAUUCUUGUAGGAAUCAGUUGUGAGCAGUGUACCUGUGGAUACACAAGUGUUUCUAAAUUUAUAAGUGCCUAUAGGGACUUAAUUCUCAAGCUGACAUUCUGUUUCUCUGUGUUGAAUUCAUUAGAAGUCAUUUACACCUCUGUGAAGCAGAUUUGGUCAGUGUUUGAGUAAAGUUUAAUUUAGGUCCCGGAUGAUCUGUUUGCACUACCAAAAUCACUAGUUUUAUGUGCCUUACUGUAUUGACUUAGCUGAAAAGCCAUGUCCUUGUAUGCUGUACACCAAGGAAGAAAUUGUAAAAGCUAUUUUUUUGUCUAAUUUAAUGCUGCAUAAUUAAUGCAGCUUCUUAAAGUCACCUUGCCUAUAACCGAUGUAUCCUUUACAAUGGACACUUGUAUUAUUACCAGACAGGUUUGCCAGUUUGUAUUGAUUAAAAGCAUUGCAUUUUGUGUUGUCA